AUGCCUCCGCAGGCGCAGAAUCCAGCGGGCGCCUUCCUAUUCAUCCUCUUCCUCAUAUGGAUUCUCUUCCCCGAAGCCGACUACCGGAACCAAUCGCUUGCGCUGUCCGACCUGGCGGUUGAUCGACUCGCCCGGUACCGCGAUGCCCUCAACGUGCUCAACACCACCGCCUGGGGCGACUUUAAGGACGGCUUCGCAUGGCGUGACCUGGAGACAUUUCGAGAAAAGGGCCUCAAGCUGAGCAGACAUGCUGUGCCGCCCGUGGACGGCCACCAGCUCUGGGACGUGGCUCAAGGCGAGGCGAUGUGGACGAAUGCCUCGGGCACUGUCCACGGCGACUGGAUCCGCAGGCCGGGCUCCGUCUCCCGCGGCUACGACAGCUACAACCUCUCGAGGAGUGUGCCCGAGGUGGAAUGGAUGGGCCACAAGAUGGAGUGGGCGAGGAACGUGACGGGCGAGACGGGCAGGAUGAUGCUCCGUCUGAAUGGGAACAAGACGCUCAACCACUACGAGCAGCUGCCCAUGGAUAUGGCCCCCCUGUCAGGCGGCAUCAUUCGCAGCCUGCGCGGCACAGCUACCAUCGAGGACACGGCCGGCUCGGGACUGAACUGGGAGAUGAAGCUCUGGGGUGUGCACUGGCCGCGCCAGGGCGUCAUCCUCAUGACGACGACGAGCGAAAAGUUUGAAGGGAUAUUUGCGCUGCCGCACCUCUCGCCCGGUCCGGACUUCUUCCAGUCGAGCCAGAUGUUGUUGAAUCGGACUCUGGCGCGGGUUAUCCGCCGUAAAGAGAAGCACGUAUACGUCGACCAGCGGAUGCCGUGGAAUUCUGACGUCGAAAACCCAAUGUACACGGCGUACCCGUCACCACACUGCGAGUACAUCAUGUACGCGCAGGUUCACCCUCCUCUCCCACCGAAAUCAACUGCCGGUGAAGACCAAGACCCCGUUCCAGCAAACAUGGAAGACGCAAUCAACGCCAUAGAAUCAGAGCUGCAGUAUCCCGUGGGCGCACCUAUCCCUCGGGUUCCCAAGCUGAAAAUGUCCGCCGUCAUCUACUCACCCGAUUGCUCGUUCUUCCUCGAAACAAAAGGACCGCCAGACUACCCGCCCAGCGAGGCAGACCACCUCGUCGGCAUGAAGAAGGAGGUUCAAACACACCAAAUUAAGACGUGGCUUCUGCUCUACGCGCUCGUCGUCUUCGCCCAGGUCCGUCUCCUGCGCGACCAGAUGAAGGAGUCCUUUACACCCUCUACCAUGGGGAGAAUCAGCUUCGGCACCAUCAGCACGAUGCUCAUCGUCGACGGCAUGACCUUUACUGCCGCCGCGACAUGGGUGUCCUCCGCGGCGGCAACCUUCCUCCCUACACUGGCGUUGAUGUUCGCCUCGUUCCUCAGCAUGACCAUCGGGGGAAGCUUCCUCGCAAAGAUAUACGAAGUCCAGCUCCCCGAGGGUAGAAACCGGCGCGACCAACCCUCCACAACCCAAGACACGCCCACGUCCGUCUCCGUAUCUGCAACUCCCACCGCAAGCCUCCUCCCCGGCCCGGUAACUGCCCCCAACCGCACCGAAACACCCGUCAUCAUCCCCUCCGACCAAGAUAUAUCCGCUGAAAUAGCCUCCGCCGCCUCCCCACUCCCCAUCCCCAUCAACCGCAACGCCCCCGAAACGCCAACCUUCCAAGCCAUCGUCGGCAGAUUCAUCCUCUUCUCCCUGUGCGUGUCCUUCCUCGCCAUCUCCUCCUCGACAUGGUACCCCCGUCCGCGGUCCAUAUUCCUCAACGCCUGCGCAUUCAUCUACCUGUCCAUGUGGACGCCGCAAAUCUACCGCAACACCCUGCGCAACUGUCGUCGCGCCCUCUCAUGGCCCUUUGUCAUUGGCCAAUCUAUCCUGCGUCUCCUCCCCAUCGCCUACUUCUGGGUCAAAAAGGACAACUUUCUCUACGCGACCACCGACCUCUCAUCCUUCGUCUUCCUCGCCGGCUGGGUAUGGAUCCAGGUCGUCCUCCUGGCGGCGCAGCAGAUCGUCGGUCCACGAUUCGGCGUGCCCAUGUCAUGGACCCCCGACGCGUGGGACUACCACCCCGUUCUCAGGGAGGAUAACAUCGAGGCAGGCGGCCUACCGAUCGGCCUUGUUGUUCCCGAAGAGCGAAAUAGUCUCGAUAGGCCUUCGACGGCAGGUGAAAAGAGCGGAGUCAGGGCCAUUGACUGCGCUAUAUGCAGAGAGGUGCUGGAAGUGCCUGUCGUGAGGGCCGGCGAGGAGGAAUCCACUGUGUCGGGGGUGUUUGCGAGGAGAAUGUACAUGGUGACGCCGUGUAGGCACAUAUUUCAUACGGCUUGUUUGGAGAGUUGGCUGCGGUUUAGGUUGCAGUGCCCUAUUUGUAGGGAGGAGCUGCCGCCUAUUUGA